AUGGCCUGCGUCGAUACAAACAACCUCGCCGACGAACGCAGCAAGUCCUUCGUCUGGCCUAUUUCUUAUGGCUUCGAUUACAUGUCUGAUUGCGUUGAGAGCUUACCUUUAUCAAAAGAUAACUCUGAUGCCGUCACUGUUCCAUUCCCUCCAUUGUUAAUGGAGAGUGAUCCCAAAGUCAACGAUGCCAGCAUCUCGCUGCACCCUGCCGACGCUGGUCUUCCAUGGCACACUUCGAUACCCUUCCUCCGGCAAACGAAGCACUGGAGAAGUGUCCUAUCUAUUACCCGCCGGCUCCUGGAACUCUUUGCUGACGCGGGCUCGGACGACACCGCGAGUAAAAUCUGCUUAGAUAUCGAUGCUGCGUUUGCGCAAGGAAUGGUAAACACCUGGGCCGAGGUGGCGAAGGCAGAAAUACCCAUCAUUUUCGAUAGCUGGAGCCGGUUUAAUGCAUACUUUUGGGUUGCGGCUGACGAACGGAGGGUGGAACUAAUGACUGCGGCCAAUGGGUUGAUCAUUAUUUUUGACGAUGUUUGGGAGACCAAGGAUUCCGAGGCAAUUCACAAGAUUCAAGCCGAAUUUCUGUCGCGUUUCAAGGUACGCGACAGUGGACGUGGGCGUGGUUUCCCCAAUGUUCGGGAGGAAGACACUACCCCACUCCAGGCCUUCAUAACGGAUGUCAUACAAGGUUUCUACGAGGAAGACACGAAAGGCGGUAAUGGUGGAAAGGAAGUUGUCGACCGGAUGGUCGAGUUCAUCAACCACCGCCCUCCGGCACGGGAGUUUACCACGCUUCGCGAGUUCCUCGAUUACAGGAUUAAAGAUGCGGCCGUCGAGUUUACGUUUACUGGAGUCAAAUUCUCUCUGCGAUCGAACGUCAACAUGGAGAGCCCCAGGAUUGCACGCUUCAUGAGUCUCGCAUCAGACCAUGUGUGCUACGUUAACGAUUUGGGAUCCUACGACAAGGAGAAAGCUGCAUACGAAAGAGGAGAGAUCGUGUAUAUGCUCAAUGCAGUCGACUUUGUGCGCAGGAUGUAUAACCUCCCCGACGAUCGCAGUGCGAAGCGGGCCACACUGCAGCUGCAGAUGCAGCUUGAGAGAGAGAUGGCAAGCGAGUUAGAUCGGCUGCAGCGCCUCGUAAGAGAGUGCAGCAAGGCAGAUGAAGCACCCAGCAUGGAGGAGUUGGAGUUUGUGGAGGCGGUGGUGUAUAUUGUGACCGGAAAUAUCUUUACUUCGGUAGUCAUGUCAAGGUAUGGUGGAAAGGCUGCACGAUUGAGCUUGUGA